CGCGUUUGAUUUGUAGGUGUAAAAAUAGAACAAAUUAGGUUCUGUUUCAAUUUUAAAAAUAAAAAUCGUUUGCUCGUAUGUACAAUUCGAUUGACAUAAAUUAGACAUCAUUUGCGUUUAAAUAUAGUUUGUAAAAAAUGGAUGGCGAAUUUCUAUAUGAAGUGCUAGAGUUAACGAAAGAAGAAAACUGGAAAGGAGUACUGAAGCUGAAUGAUGAAUCUGAUAAAAUUGAAGCUCGCAACCUAUUAUGGGUAUGGCCCAGUGAAGAUAACCUAAGGUUUAUUAAAGAUACUGUCAGUAACUUGAAUUGUGUUGGUAUUAUUUCUAUUGGAUGUGGAUGCGGACUUUUAGAAUGGAUCAUUGAAAAAUCAACUGGUUUGCCACUUCUGGGAUACGAGGUGAACCGUGAAUGGUGGGAAAGCAAAUAUUCCCCUCCUACCUUCAUAAACCUGAAAUAUAGUAAACAACCUCCUGAUGAAACCACACUGGAUCCUGAGUACGCAUUGGUGUUUUGCUACUUCAACAGCGGCCAAGCGUUUCGCGAUUACCUCAGAGUUUACAAUGGCAGAGUAGUCAUUAUAAUUGGACCUGGCGAAGAUUUAAAACAAGACAUGCCCAAAAUCGCACUCUGA